AUGCAUUCGGACAUUCAUGUAGUCGUCCGCUUUCAUGAACAUUCGGUGUUUGCGGGCGAAGAGCUUCGGUGCACUAUCACGUUCAAGAAUGUCGCGACCUUGUCAGAACCCGUCACUCCAGCCUCCCAAACGCGACGCACAAGCAGGCGGGAGAGCAUCAGCCAAAUUGCCGCCCAGGUGAGCCGAACGAAUGCGGCGGCAAGACUGAAUCAGAAUGGACGGGCUCGCAGCCACUAUGAUCAGUCAACUGAACCCCCGGGCCGCCAUCGAGCCACCGCCUCCUACAGCCCGGGCUCACCAGACGAGCGCCCAACACAGCUGCAAAGGCCAAGUCACCAGCAUCAGCGAUCGGUCUCCAUCAUCUCGGUCACCUCUCCCACCGCCACCGGUGAUCUGCAAGAGGGCGGAGGCAGCUGGGCAAGACAGCAGAGACUCAGUCACCAACGAUCAUCCACGAUCGCAACUCAGCAAGCAGCGCCACGCAAGAAUGGCCAAAGCCCCCCAACAGGCUCGCUCUUUUCACCACAAGGAGGCCGCCGGAGUCCAUUAUCGCAAGGCACUAGCCAGAGCCGCGAGUCCACUCCGGAUUUCAAGUUUCCUCCAGAAAGACAGGAGAAUCCAUCUUCCCAUUCGACUGGGCUCGCCGCUCGCAUCACCCCGGGAAAAAAUCAAGUUGCUAGCGAGCGCAGCAGCGGUGAUUUCUAUUCCCUGAGCAACCAUUCUCAGGAGACUCUCAUGUCUGAGCAACCCUCCAUACUAUCGGACCACAGACCAUUCUUCGACUACUCGACUACUCUUCCUCGUAGGCCGCCAAUGAUGCCCCAACAGAAGCCCCAAGCUGUCAGUCUUCUGAUGGGGUAUGCUCAACUCAGUGCAAACUUUACUCUAGAUGCUUCCCUGAUCGACCAGGCUCACUUCGAAGAGGUCAAGCGCAAAGGCUUUCUCGGUGGACAAGCUGGUGGUGGUGUGGUUGGGGUGAAGAAGGCCCGGCCCAGCAGUGGGUUUCUGGGCAAUUUCAGUCUCAACAAUCUCGGCGACUCACUAAAUAGCCUGAUGGGCGGAGAUGACAUGAGCAGUGUCAAGGAGAUGAACACCGUGAAGAAUGCCCGGGCCAUCCCUUUACUCUCUACUCCGCAAUCGCUGCUGUUCGUUGAUAUGCAUCUCGAACCGGGCGAAGAGCAAAGCUAUUCCUACGUCUAUCCCCUGCCUCGUGGGUUGCCUGCCAGUCAUCGAGGGAAAGCCAUCAAAAUAUCGUACAACCUGACCGUGGGAGUCCAAGGGUUACCGGGAAGCCGAGAUGUAUACGCUGUCCGACAAGUCAAUAUUCCCAUCCGGGUGUUCUCGGGGGUCAACUAUGACGGCGAAAUAUUUGGCCAUGACCUGAUGCAACCUCAUGUUGUUCUCCAAGACCUGGCUCGUGUCGGAUGCAUCUCCUCCCAGGAGGGCGAGGAAGAGGCGGAAAAGUCGACGUCGAAAUCGGAUGAAAAGUCCACUGCCGAGUUCCUCCUCUUUGUCGACACCCUCCUGGAUCGUAACCGGCGACGGCAGUCAAGCAGUGGCACGACGGAAGCUUUCUUGAGCAACCAGGACUCAGGAGGCCAAAGCAAUGCUAUCCAAGCCAUCAACCGUGCGAUCCUCUACAGCAACCAAAUUGUCGGGAGCGACUCCAGCCCCAAUCGGUUCGAGAUUACCCGGAAUGGGCUAAGAGUGGCAGUCGUCGUUCUCGACCGACCACUACACAGGCUCGGGGAAACGGUGACAGCAGUCAUCGAUUUCUCCGAAGGCCAAGUCCCCUGCGCCUCUCUUCGAUCGACGCUCGAAACCUCCGAAAAAGUGAGUCCAUCACUGGCAGUGAGAUCCGCGGCGACCAUCAAUAGGAUCACCCGGAAAGUCUACUGGGCUCGGUCGGAAAACAUCUUGUUCACGAACCGGGCGACAUUUGCACCCAGUAUACCGGCAUCCGCAACUCCCACAUUCGUGACAUCUGGCGUCAACCACGAAUGGAGUCUUCGUUUUGAGUUUGGGAUCAUCAGACCUGUGGAAGACGAAGAGGGAGAAGUCAAGCCCAUGGCGGCCCUACUGGAGGAGGUGGUCACAGAUGAAAGAGGCGCAAUCAACGUAGCAGUGGAAACUCUGGAGUGUGAGACUUUUGAAAUCGUCAUCCCUCUCACAGUAUAUGGGGACCUCGUGCCGGACGGCAAGGAGGGAGAAGAGAUUGUUGGCAUUCCAGUGUGA